AUGCACUCCAAGACCAUCGUGCUCGGCCUGUGCGUCGUCGCCUCUGUCAUGCAGGCGACCGACGCCCGUGGCCCUCCUGGACUCACCCCACAUCGUAAACUUGGUUCGUACAAGGACUACGGACACCACUCGCACAAGCACUCGCACAAGCAUGACCACCAUAAGAAGCAUGACUACCACAAAAAGCAUCACCAUGAUGACAAGGGUCACUACCACCGUCGUCGCCUUGAAGACGCCAAGGCUACUGAGUCCUCGGACUACAGCUACGGCAAAGACGACUACAAGAAGGACUACUACAAGAAGGACGACUACAAGAAGGACUACUACAAGAAGGAAGACUACAAGAAAGACUACUACAAGAAGGACGACUACAAGAAGGACGACUACAAGAAGGAUGACUACAAGAAGGACGACUACAAGAAGGAUGACUACAAGAAGGACGACUACAAGAAGGACGACUACAAGAAGGACGACUACAAGAAAGACGACUACGAUCACAAGGGAUAUGGCCAUGACAACUACGGCCACGAUGCAUACAAGAAAGACGAUUACGACUACAAGGGAUACGGCUACAAAAGCUACGGCCACGAUGACUAUGACUACAAGGGCUAUGGCUAUGGCCACGUUGACUACGACUACAAGGACUAUGGCUACGGUCACGAUGACUAUGACUACAAGGGCGUCGGCUAUAAGAGUUAUGGCGAUGACUGCAACGAUGACUACUACGGCAUCGACUACUACAGCUAUGGCAAAGGCUACAGCAACGACUACUACAGCUAUGACAAAGGCUACGGCAAAGGCUACGGCAAAGACUGUGACAAAGGCUACGGCAAAGACUACAGCUACGGCAAAAGCUAUGGCAAGGGCUAUGGCAAUGACUACUACAGCUACGGCAAGAGCUACGGCAAGGGCUAUGGCAAGGGCUACGACAGCUACUACCCCGACUACUACUCAUCGUACGGCGGUGACUUCGGCUAUGGUGACUACUACCCGGACUACUACUCGUCCUUUGGCUACGGCUAUGGUUACCCCAGCUACGACAACGGCUACGGCUACCCCAGCUACGGCUACUCUGGCUACGAGUCUGCGUCGGGUACUGGUGCUGGCAAGCAGGAAUCUGCGACGGUAUCUACGGACAGUGCCAAAAGCGAGUCGGCAAAGAAGGAGAACAAGACGUCGGAUUCGUCAUCGAAGUCAAAGCCGAAAGAAGCCAAGUCCGAUGCCUCGGACAAGUCAAAGGGCAAGUAA